UCACAUGACAGAACUGGAGGCAGAGAUCUAGAGAAAAGGCACAGCAUUUCGGCUUGCACCGCCAUACUGUAUUUUGAGCCAUAUCACAUUUUUAUUGCAACAUUUUACUCCCGCUCGGUGAGUACAUUUCCAAUGGCUUUUUUGUAAGCAUUUUUUGUCUUUUUAAUUGCCCUCUUUUUUUUUAUUUUUCCUCCUUUUGCUGGUGUUUGAAUUUGAGCGUUGACAUGGUGGUUUUGAGCGUUUUUUUACAUCCAGGCUUCAAGUUUUUAGCAUGCAGUUAUUCUGAUCCAGAGUGCCACAGGGGAAACACAGGGUGCGUUUGCGGUCUUGGGGAAGGAAGCCUUUACUUGCUUGCAGUUUUGUUUCGAGGUGUCGAAACCAAGCAGAUUUUGCCGGUGUUGAGAUUUUUCACACAUUAUGGUGGUUUUGAAACAUUUUUAUUUUUUGUUUUCUGUCGACUUUUGCUGUUGCUAUGCUUUGGUUUGCAUUUUGCAGUGUUGUUUGGUGCCUUCGAGUUUUGUGAUUUUGAUGUGUCGGUGAAAACCUCACCGAUCAAACCCCUUGCUUUUACUUUGUUUCUCUUUUCUUUAUCAAAGGGAGUGAUUUUUAAAGCCCCAUGGCAUUUUAACCUGAUACUUUUCUUGCAGCAGAGCUCACAGGUUUGUUGUUUUUUUUUUCUUUUUUCUUUUUGGGUUCUCUCUUUUUGCGAUUUCAUUAUACUUUUGAUGGUGGCAGUGUCAAGUAUUUUUGGAUGUAAUUUUUUUUUUGACUAGAUGAUGCUGGGUGACGAGGGGAGUUUUGAUUCUUGGGAGAGUUCAAUGCGUUUUUGUUUUCUAUUCCAACGAGGAUGAACAGACAUUUUCCCUCCUGCAGGAGGGCAACAGGAGGAGAAUGACUGGUAAAACCCAGACCAGCAACGUGACCAACAAGAAUGACCCUCGUUCCCUCAACUCCAGAGUCUUUAUCGGCAACCUCAACACAGCCAUCGUCAAGAAGACUGACAUAGAGGUCAUCUUCGGCAAGUACGGCAAGAUAGUGGGCUGCUCCGUGCACAAGGGUUAUGCCUUUGUACAGUACAUCAAUGAGAGGAACGCCCGGGCCGCCGUGGCGGGAGAAAAUGCCCGUAUCAUCGCUGGGCAGUCUCUUGACAUAAACAUGGCAGGUGAGCCCAAGCCGUACAGGCCCAAAGCCGGCUCCAAGAGGCCGCUCACCGCCGUAUACAGUGGUUAUGAAUUUGAUUAUGAAUACUACAGGGACGACUUCUACAGCAGGCUUUUUGACUACCAUGGCAGAGUGGCCCCCCCUCCCAGAGCUGUGAUCCCCCUCAAACGCUCAAGGGUGCUGGCUCCCUCCUCCCGCCGUGGAAAGACCUCCUUCCCCAUCAAAACAUCCUCUUCCUCCUCCUCUUCAUCCUCCAGACCUCCCACAUCCUCAUCCUCCGGGGUCAAACCAGUGAAGACAGACCAGCUUCAGACUAUCAAGCGGGAGCUCACUCAGAUCAAGAUGAAGAUUGACUCUUUGCUGGGCCGCCUGGAGAAGAUUGAGAAGCAGCAGAGAGCCGAAUCAGAGGCUCAAAGAAAGUACGAGGACAACUGCGACUCCUUGCAUGAGGAGUCGGUGUCGGAGGCGGCGGACAACUCUGGGGAGGAGGCGGGCGAGGGGGCGCUGGACGUGGAGGCGGGAGAGAUGACCGAUGGCGGCGAGGACGAAUACGAUGAGGAGAGCAGCCACCAUCUGAUAGAAAACCACGUAUCGGAUAUUGACAACUGAGAUCAGGGUGGGGAAGCAGACUCUCCUGGCCAGUGGGAUUAGAAUUCAUCAUCACCUUCGAG